AUGGGAAUCAUGGAGAUAUUCGAAUUGUCCCAAGUGUCUCGUCGCAUACUGAAUUGCUUGAGUCUAGCCAGAAUUCCUGUUCAACCGAUUAGCGUUGUGAACGGGAAUGCCAAUCAGAUAUUCUUUUAUGACGACGAAAGUCGCACAGAAAAAGUAUUCGUGAUUGAUUUCCUUCAAAAACCUCAAUCGAUAAUUGGUCAGAUGCAGGUGAACAAUGUUUGCAUAGAUGUUUGUAAGAAGGACAUUGAAGGGCGAGUAAUUUAUUGCAAUUCCAACCAAUUCGGAUAUGGUCUUGUCUACUUGUUGACACAUCUAGACAAAAUAUUUUACCGAAUGGAUAUUUCACUUGGAAUUGAACUUAACACACUGAGUGCAAUGAGAGGGAUAUUGUGUCAUCCGAUUUUUAAAAAAUGCGAUUACAUGCAGAUUAGAGGGAGAAAUGAGACAUUAUCCAAUGAGGACUGUGAUUAUCUCUUGGAGAAGACUCAACUCAACUAUGGAAUUACAAUUUUCAGCAAAUUGAGUCCUGACUUUGACUACAAAAAGAUCAUUCACUUCUCCCGACUCCGAGUACCAAAUCUAGGAAAGGUGCCUCUGGAAGACUUGAAGGCGUUAGAUAGUGAAAUUGCGAAUCUGGGCAAUCACGAGUUCACAGAAACUGAUAUCAAUGAAUUCCUCCAUCACUGGAUUGAGGGAAAUAAUAGAAAAUUGAGACGUCUGAAACUUGACGGAUUCAAGGAAACACCAGAUUGGGAUAUCCUAUUUAAAGAUAUCUCCCACACAGAUUGGAAUCCAAGGGAAAGAGAAAAGAACUACAAGUAA